AUGGAGGAAAAAAUCAUUUCUGACAUUUCAGUUCAAGGGCGAAACAGUCAAAACACCGGUAAGAAACCCGCAAUACUCAAAUUGAAAUAUUGUGAAUCUCAGUAAAUCCAGGAAAAUGAUUUGUGCAUGCAUUUCAGUGCAAUCACUAUGUAUUUUCAUUCUCCUAUUUCCUAACAGAUUCACCAAACGGUGGGCAGAACAAUUUAAGCGCAUUGCCUGGUCCUGCUUUAGAUACAGCAGAACUUAGCCAAGAAGCACUGCGCCUUUUGCGACUGAACAAAAUCCCCAUCGCACAGUUUUUUGCCCACGUGUUGGAAAGAUCCCAGGGUAGAAGAUCCGAAAUUCUCAACAAACCUAAGACCUUUGAACAAUUGUCGGAGGAAGGAAGAGAGCCCUACUAA